AUGGGUUGCAAUCCAUGUUGCUGCUUCAGUCUCAAAGACAGUGCCGUCUCAAUCGGCAUCUGGUCAGUUGUAAUGUGUAUAGCACAACUAGGUAUUAUGGGUUGGCAAAUGGCAGCUAUCAAAUAUGAGAAAGAUAGAGCUGCUAAUACACUCCUACCUAAUUAUAAUACAUAUGGACGAUAUGAUAUACCAUCAUACUAUGAAUCAUAUUGGCAAAGUCCAGAAGAACGUUACUAUACAGGUCUGUUUGUUAUACAAAUAUUAUGCCUCAUAGCAGCAUUUUUCCUGCUCUUUGCAUCCAUAGCAAUGAUAUGGGGUGUUAUAACGUGGUCUCGACAUCUUACAUGGCCAUGGUUUCCUUGUAUGAUAUCAAGCAUUCUAACUUCAUUAGCAUACUGUAUCAUGUGGUGGGCUGGAGAUGUACGUGAUUAUUGGAUGGCAUUAACUAUUCUUGAAAUCAUUGGAGUUUUCAUAAAUAUUUACUGCUUUGUCGUCGUUCUCAUGUAUUACAGACGUAUAACAGCAACAACAGAUGUUGUUGAAGGAAAAUCUAGAAUGCGUUAUACCCGAAACGGAUAUUCAAGCAGGAGGGAUUUGUUAGAUUCCUACGACGAUGGAUUACAUAGAGGAUCAAAGAGCCCUUAUCCUAACUACCAAACUCCUGCAAAUCAACCGUAUCCCUCGCCAUAUUCACCACAAGGAGUUCCUAUGACUCCAUUACCGGUUCCACCAUGUUAUACACCGUAUCCUGCCGAUGUUAACGAGUUUGUCAAUUAUAAUAAAGAACCCCGCCGACCUGUAGGUAUGAACGGCACACAGAUAGAAGAGGUGGACCCUGUUGUCAACUGGGUGAGACAUCAGCAAAAAAUAACAUCUGAGAAAGGAGCCAACAGCGAGCCUGUAUCUCCUAGCCGUGAAGUAGCCCCUGGAACAUUUCCAAUACAGCAUUCACGUUCGGUUCCUUCUAUCUACGACGGUACAUUGGUGUCUCACAAAGACUGUCGGCACGGAAAGCACAGAAGUUCUUCACGCAGAAGAAGAUCAAAAAGCCGAAAUCAUCAUUCUUCUGAUUAUUCGUCAGAUUCUGAUUCACGAACUCAUAGACGAGAUGAUCAUUCUCAUCAUCGCGAUGGAAGUAAACGGCGUCAUAGAAGCAAAUCCCGGUAUUCUGAAUCAGAAUUCACAGCGACAACAGAUCAUCAUCAUCGUCGCCACGAUAGACCCCGCAGUGAGCACUCCAGACACAAAGAUCGUGAUAGGCAUAGAGAUAAAGACGAUCGAAAAAGACACAAAAAAGACCGUGACUAUGAUCGUGAUAGAGACCGUGAUAGAGACCGUGAUAGAGAUCGUGAUAGGGACCGUGAUAGGGACCGUGAUAGGGACCGUGAUAGGGACAGGGAUCGUGGUCGCGACAGGAACCGCGAUAGAGACCAUGAAAGAGAUCGUCAGUCAGAAAAGGCUCCAGCGCCAGCCGAGCCAAGCAGUGAAGGAAGAGUUAGAGAAACAAACUUAGACACUGUUGGAUUAGAUGGUAAUGCCUUUCCAAUGAGCGGUGGAAUAACCAUUCCUCAGCACAUCGUAAUUCCUCCAUCAAAUGGUGAAAGAGGUCCUGAUGGUCAGCCACUUCCACAAAAAUAUCAAAUAAACUCAGAGAUAUUUCUGUAUUCAGUUUAA